GCUACUGUUAUAAACAAGUCAUGGAAUAGGAGGACGGUAUCGUUGACGAAUGCGGGGAGGGUUGGUAUAAGAAAAUGUAAGAGGAAAGGCAAUAAGACAGCAGAGCGGAUCGGACAAAGUGUCGCUAAGAAGAUGCGACGGUUAGGCGUGACUUGCGCUGACUUGCGAUUCCGUUAUCUAAUGAGG